AUGAAGAUAGCACCUCCAAAUUUUGGAUACGUGGAAGAGCGCAUUUUUCGCUGUGGUGCACCAGAGCCGUGCCACUACACCUUUUUAGCCUCGCUGAAACUUCGCACGUGCGUGUUAUUGACGGAUAACCACGACGAGGCCUUUCUGCUUUGGCUUCGUGAAAACAACAUACACACCGUUUGCCCACUUCACAUUGACCCCAACGUAUCUACAUUGGGGGAAAAAAUGGGGUGCAUGGACUACCAUUCUGGAAGCAUGACCCUUUCGGAGCCAGUAGUUGUAGAUAUUCUGCAUGUACUUCUCGAUCCCAACAACUACCCGUUAUUACUAACCUGCAGCGUAGGCCGGUAUCGCACCGGCAUCGUCUGUGGAUGCCUCCGUAAGCUGCAGGGUUGGAGUUUGGUGUCCAUCUUGGAGGAAUACCGCAGGUAUGCUCAGGAUAAGGGGCGUGCCGAAAACGAGGAGUUUAUUGAGCUUUUCGACAAGGAUCUAGUCAACCUAGAGUUCAAGGAGGGCUGCAAGCCAACUAUCCUAUAUUCCUUCGACGUUUAA